UAAUGGAUGUUUACCAUUAGCAGUUAACGAUUCUGCUCCUAAAAGCAUUUCUUAAGAUAAGUGUUAAUUAGUAGUAGCGAUGACUGAUGUAAUUAUGACGAAAAAAAUAUGAAUGCAUUUACUUAAGGUUUUUUACAGCAACAGCUGUAUUAGUGUAGUAAGAGACAGCAGGCAUUUUUUAAACUGUGUUAAUGGAAAAAGUACAGUAACAUACACAGUGUUUGAGCAGAACAUGAGGCUUGUCUUCCAGGAUAAAUUACAAUAUCAAGCACAGAUAAACAGAAGCAUUUUUCUGAGAAUGUUCUCUUUUGUUUAGAACUUGGAAUCAAAGCUAUUAACAAUAGUCAUUUAUUGCUAAUGAACUUAAUAUCUAUCCACCCUGUUGUUUUUGUUGUUUUUCAAGAGUAGACAGUUGUUUUUCUCUGCUACUUGUAAAGGUAUUGGGUUUCUUAACUAGUUUGUCGGUCUUUCCCCCCCAUCCAAAUGAAUGAAACAUGACCCGUUUUACACUCAUACACACAUGUUCCUCAGAUCUGUAAUCAUUGCCAUCAAAUCUCAGAAGAGUAGUAUUAUGUUAUUUUUUUUUUCAGAGAGGAAGGCUACUAUCUCUCAAAGUGCUUGGCUGUGAGAGUUAGGCUGCUUGUUCUAAGCCAUUCAGAAAUUCCUCAGUAAGAUGAAUGUCUCGUGUCCCUAUCUUGACAGGAAUUGACAAGCUUUUAUGCACUGUGUAGUCCGUUGAUUGUUAUAUUAAGUGAAAUUACUAGUUUACCUUGAAAAGUAUUGUAUUUAGGAUUAUUCCUUAAGUAUAAACAUGUACUUGUUUACAAAUAUCUCUUUUAAAAGAAAAUUUUGAGCAGGUACAAGCUAAGUUAUAAGGAUAUUGUAUCUAAAAAUGUACUUUUUUUUCCUACUCUUAAUACUGAGUGGGUUUUAAAAAUACUGUUUUUCUUUCCUUGCAGCAUUAAAAUGCAUGAAGAGAGAAAUACAAAGGAAAAGAAUGAUGAAAAAACACCUAAAGGAGCUGUACCAGCAUACCUGCUAGACAGAGAGGGCCAGUCCUGGGCUAAGGUUCUAACAUUAUUAAACAGAAAAGAAAAAGCUGGGAAAUGGGAGGUUCCUGUGCCAAAGGUCCAUGCACAAGGAGAAACAGAAGUUUUAAAAGUGAUUCGUACAGGAAAGAGAAAGGAGGAGGCCUGGAAGAGAACAGUUACAAAAGUUUGUUUUAUUGGAGAUGGCUUUACUAGGAAGCCUCCUAAAUACAAAUGAUUCAUUCAACCAAUGGGCUUACGUUUCAAGAAGGCACGCAUGACACAUCCUGAAUUUAAAGCUACUUUUUGCCUACCUAUCCUUGGUGUAAAAAAGAAUCCUUCUUUUCCUUUGUAUACAACACUGGGUGUAAUUACCAAAGGUACCAUCAUCGAGGUGAACAUGAGUGAGCUUGGCCUUGCGACAGAAGGGGGCAAAGUUAUCUGGGGGAAAUAUGCACAAGUAACAAACAGUCCAGAAAAUUAUGGCUGUAUUAAUGCAGUUCUACUUGUCUAAGUUGUGUUUGAUACUAAGCAUUAGACAUGGGCUCCUGCAAAAAUCAGUGCAGUUUCAACAAGUUUGCAAGAUCUCUGGAACCUUCAACCAUUCAAGAACAUUGACCUGACCCCACAAGCUGGUGAGGAACUUAAACAUGCCAGAAACCGACUGCUCAGAUUUUUAUAUUUAUUAUGUUUGCUCAGCUGAACACUGUCCAAAUGAAGUGAUUCAAUUUUCAUGUUUUGCUAAUGUGGUAUGGAUUUGAUCUAAACAUUCUUGGUGUUUUUACAGUAAAUAUAUUGUAUAAAUACUUA